UCCCGUUAACCCACAUUCCCAUCCGCCCGGCCGCUCCGAGGCGUGCGUUAUAAACGCUACGUUUUCCCCUGCCCGCGACACGAUCGGUGCGCGCGACGACGCACUUUCUCUAGGCGGCCGCUGCGCGUUCAUCGGCAGCCCUCGUGCUCGUCCGUAUGCGCUCAGCCGCCGCCGACGCCGCCGCAGAGUUGACGAGCUCGUGACUUACACUCGUGCAACCGAUACGAGACGUGAAAUAGUAUUAGAUUCUUCCAAAGUCCGCGUAUAGACCUGUAGCUGAAAACAUUAGAAGACGCUUUAAAGUAAAGGGGGGGCUGCGCGUUGAGGGAUGUGGCAAGAGGGCCUGCGGUCUUGGUGUGUGGUUGUGAUUGCCGCGUGCCUGUUCAUUUGCGCACCGUUCGUCGACGCAGCGUUCAGGAGGAGCUGUCGCUGCGGCCGGCAGCUGGUGCGCCGCAGUCGUAUCGUCGGAGGACGGGACGCCUACGACGGAGAGUUUCCCUGGAUCGUAUCCUUGAGAAUAAACGGGCAACAUGAGUGCGGGGGCACAAUUAUUGGAAAGCGGUGGAUACUUACAGCUGCACAUUGUCUGCAAAGGGCCACCCUGCGGAACUUGCGGGCUCGCGUGGGCGAGUACCACUUGUACCAGGCGGAGCUGGACCACUCAUCGCUGGACCUGGUGCCGGAGAAGCUGCUUCUGCACCCGCUGUUCGGUCAGCCCAAGAGGCUCAGCAACGACAUCGGCCUGCUACGGGUUGCCUCGGACAUUCCUCUGGGCGCAUUCGCGGUGCCGGCCUGCCUGCCGUCGGCCUCCGACAGGAGCCUCUACGCCGCCGGCAGGAACGGCACAGUUGCCGGCUGGGGAUACGUCCGGGAACUGCGGCUCGACUCUUUCAAGGACGAGAGCCUGAGUGCAUACAUGACGGACGUCCUCCAGAAGGUGGAGGUGCAGCUCAUGAGCAACGGACAGUGCAAUGGCCUCUACAGCGAGGCGAAAAAGUCCAUCCGCGUCAGCAGGGAGCAACUCUGCGCUGGGCAUAAAGAGGGCAAGAAGGAUGCUUGCACGGGAGACUCUGGCGGGCCUCUGAUGGUCGUGGCAGAUAACACGUACGUUGUGAUCGGCGUCGUAUCCGGCGGCAUUGGGUGUGCUCGGCCGCUGCUCCCGGGACUCUACACCCGCAUCACUUCCUACAUGCCGUGGAUAAUGAGUCACCUGAGGAGCAGCCGCUAGCUGCCUCUCCUGCUGUACGACCAACGAGAAAGAACUGCACUAAUCAUCAGUUGAUCUUUUUUGAUCCCCUUCCCUUAGAGCGCGAAACAUUACUUUGGCCAAAGAUCGCAAAGAGCAUUAGUUAUUACUGGGUGUCAUCUAAUAGAAGUGAUUUUGGAAUCCUUUUGGUGGAAAUCCGCAAUGUGAAGAAAGUUUUAUAAAAGAGAAAACAGUCGUUGACCCGAGCGUAGCACGAAAGUAGCACAAUGAUAGAACAAACCAGUUCCUGAAGUAGAAAGCUUCGCCGUUGAAGAAACAUUCGCCCUAGUCUCAGAAUUGAACCCGUCAGCACCACUCUUUUGGAGUUGUCGACAGAGUUAAUAAGAAAGCUCACAGUUGACAGUAAAAGAGAGCGAAUUAAUCCACAAAUAUAAGCAUGGGAGCACUGAGUAAUCAAGUGAGCUUUGCUGAAAUCUGCAAACUGAAAGGAAGAUUUAUACGGGAUAAAAUUGACAUUCACCCGAAAGAAGCACGAAGCUGCUCAAGAAGCCCAAAUGGGUUUCCUCAGAGAAAUACUUACCAGUUGAAGAAACAUUCGCUUAUACAUUUGUAAAUACCCAAACAGGGUAUUUUUUGUGAGUUAGUGCUACUUUCACAUAGAUGACUGUUUCUCUUUGACGAAUGCUUGUCGGCGCCACUGGGUACAUUUCCUCUGCGUAGUGUGUUUUCUUUCUGCCACGUAAGGGAAGCCGCAAUAUUUAUCAUGUAUAGGUGCCUUUGUGACACUACGUCACAAGCCUAUGGGCAUGAUACACUACUUUAGUGUUCUUGAAAAAUCAGCAAUAUCUAAACAAUACUAAAGUUGAAUGUGCUCGGCAAGAACUUGUAUUUGUGUCUUUCUUUGUUUGUUCUUGUAUCCCUGCUUCUUCUUGUUUCUGUGGCUUUUGCAUGCUUGUUCGCAAAUAUUAGGUUUAGCAUGCCGAACUCACGAAACACCUAAUUUGUGCUUUAACAAGAACCCUCGUGUCUUGUGAACUGUCUAAGAACAUUUGUGCUCGUGUACAUGUGUGUAUGUUUGGGAAUUUUGCAACUAAUGCCACUUUAUUUUAUGUCCUAUCAUUUCCUUUACCAUUUUCAUUAUUUUGAGUACAUCAGUCAGAUCAUAGAGCAGGAGUUGCCAGCGCUCAUCUUAGGCACAAACAUCUCCUUGAACACAAAUUGUAAUUAGACUGAUUCGCUCAUAAGUGAAUAUGAUGGUAUAGUAGUAUUUGCCUGUUAUAUUUAUAUUAAGUAUUCCUUACCUAAGAUAAUAUAGAACUUGCGAGGGAGGAGCAAACUAGAGCGACAAAUAUAGAGGUGGCUUAGGUGAAGCAAAGAAAAAUGUUUGUGAAUGAGGAGAUGGCGAGCGACAAUCAUGAAAAGUCCUAGCCAUGCAAGACUAGAACAAGUGACAAUGUUAAGAGAUGUCUUCUACAUCUGCAUGCUUUGUGCAUGCUUGAGCUCUCAACUUCUAAGAGUUGGUGGCGUAUGUUGCUUUGAUGUACUUAGUUAGGCAUCAGAAUUUUAAUCAUAUUUCAAUACUUAAUAAUUUCUGGGGGUUUCUAAGCCAAAAGCACAAUCCGACUAUAAAGCACGCCGUAGCGGGGGGACUAAGGAUUAAUUUUGACCACCUGGGGAUAUUUAACAUGCACCGAAUGCAUAGUACAACGCCGUUUCUGCAUCCUCCCCAUGGAAAUGCGGCCGCCGCAGCCACAAUUGGUGCCGCGAUCUCGUGCUUAGCAGUGUAACGCCAAAGUCACUAAGCAAUCACAGAUCGUAAUUAGUUACUUGCGUGUAUUAUUGUGGAAUGAUUUGUGUACAUAAAGCCAUCAUCACCGAUUCACUCAGUAUUGUCUUUCAAUUUUACCAUAUAAACUGUGGUGUACGCCUGUUUCUGGUGCAACUUGCUUAAGUGUGACCGCGAUGAGAAUAUCACUGUUGAAUCCAUACACUUGGUACCACGCCAGAGCUCAUUGUACGCAAAGGACAAAACAACGUGUCCGGUUUUAUUGUGACUUCAACAAUAUAUAUAAGCGGCCGUGCGCGGAAUGAUUGCAGAUUGUCGACCACAAUAAAGAAUAUGAAGACAUAAAUUGUUUUGUAUUACUAUCAGAUUGUUUUGCUGAAUGUAUUUUUGUUGCAAAGUAUACCCUACGACGAUUUCAGUGUACGGAGGAUAUACUUGAAGCCAACAGCCGUGAACUGUGGAGACAUGGUGAUGGCUCUAAGAGUGUGGAAAUAUGUGGCGAAAUAAAACAAAACUGGUACAAAUUACUGACGCAAACAAGUGCGAGAAACGACUGUUAACCAUAAACUGCCUGGUGUCAAUUCAUAAUUUGAACGUGCACCUAAAUAUUCUGAGCACUGAAAAAAUGGUUAAGGAAAUGUAACACACUUCAAAUAGAAACUAAAAGUGAAACACGUGGCAAUGAAAUGUCAAUAUGUUUCAUCAGAAGGCAUAUGCGUAUGCCUACCAAUAACGGUGACAUCUUUUCAUGUGAUGGUGGUUUCGGUUUUAUUUUCUAGUUGAUUUCGAUAUUUUGUCCCAUUUUAAAUGAAAUUAUUGGCUCUUUUUAUACCUUUGUUUGUUCAAGUGAACUUCGAGUUUUUAGCAGUUUUCAGUGUGUUCCUACGUCUUUUCAGAGUUAUAGUUGUCACGGAAUACAAACUAAAACGCUUGCCACGGCUAUUAUCCUAAUGUUUGGUUCUACUGGAACCAAUGCUCCUAAAGUUGGAGCAAACACAACUCAAGAAUUAUGAGACCAUAGAUAAUUGCACACGUAAAAUUUAUUUGAUGCAUAAAACACAUCGCCAACAAGUUCAACGAAAUAAUAAAACAGCGAUCUUUCAUUUGAGAAAGAACCCACAAAUAUUAAGACACAAAUAAUGACAGGAACAUCUACUUUCAUAACCGUGUAUAUAGCUGGCAUAUCACUUUAUAGCCUUCAUUAGGAAAAAAAACUUUAUCGUGCUGACCUGUUGUACUGUAUGUACAGAUAUUUACAAGAAAGUGUAUCGCCCAGAUCUGUUACAUUUUGUGCGUGUUUAGCUACAACUGAUUGGCAAACAACAAAAUCAUAAAUUAUGCUUGGUAGAAAGUCGGGAAAAAUGGCUUUAUGAUUGCAGCUUGCUUCCAUUGAUAAUUAUCUAUUUAAUUUGGUGUUAUCUAUAGCAAAAGCUGAAUGUCAGAGAUUAUCUUCAUCACUUGCAUGGAAUAACUGUUUCUGUUUUCUUGGGACAGACAGCUUGCACAGGAUGAAUGUAGCACUCAGCUGCAACGUUUACUACAGUGUGAAACAUUGGAUCGUACAACUCGGCGAUAGUAUCCGCCACUUUUGUAUCCAAGGAUGUGUUCUUACCGUAGUCAACUCCUGUAUGCGUUUGUGUGAUUACCGCACUGUGUGUUCGUGUGUUAUGUCUGUCUUCAUCCGGUUUUGCAUUGUUAGUAUACCGAUAGUAAAUUGCAACGGACAUUACCAACAAUGUAGUAAACCUUGUGAACACAAAGUAAACAAUAGUGUUCUCUAAAUUUGUAAAGUGAACAUUGUGCAUGUGUAAAACAGGUGUAAUAAUAAAUCCAAUCGCGGUGAACGGAGAAGAGAGGAACGCUCAUGGUGGGAAUAUAAAAACCUCAUGAAACGAAGAAUUGACUAGGAGCACUCAACAGAAGACUUGAGCUCUCAAACUCAAGCACUUCAAUCAAACAUUUAUGAUGAUGUCAUAGGUGCAACAUGAAUACCUUUUCCGUGUUUGCACCAGCUGCAUUGUGCAUAAAUUUGUGGCCUAUACAAUAAAUGUGACACUGACAAAACUACACUGAAUAUGGACACAAAUUCAACUCUUGGGAGCAUGUUUGUUGUAUACUUCCAGCAAUUUGGAACACAGUUUGAUCAGUGUUCUCAAAAUUAACAGUGCAUGUCAAAGGUACAGCGAUAGUGCUCGAACGAAGUCAAAUAUUAAAGGCACAGGCUUAUCCAUAUGGUCACAAUGGCCUGCUGUGACGAUGAGAUAUUUUAUAACAGUGCGCGUAUGACGAUAGAUGCAAAAUGCCCUAAGCGUGUCUUUAUGUACAGGAACGUUGAAAUACGUGAAACAUUCUACUCUGUACAGAAAUAAAUAAUCUAUGCUGAGCGUUAUAAUCAGCAACUUUGAUAUCUAGUAAAAAUGAUGUAUAUAGUGGCAUAUAAGGGCAUCAAUUGUGUGUACAUCAUCUAGCAACAAACACAAGGAACACAUCGUACACCAGAGCACUCCUAGAUGUUGAUCAGUUGAACGUACGUUACCGCUGGCGUCAUAGCAAUUGCCUUUGUUCCUUCUUGGAAUCUCUUAGCUUUAAGAUACCGGUACGAGGAGGCACUGCCAGAAUAUUUUCACUUAACGCUUUUGUAAGCAAUAUUGAAAACAGGUCACACCCUUGAUAUUCUUGCUUCUGUACAGUUCAUGCGAUGUUUCUUUGUAACCCUCUUUCUGAAACACCCUGUAUUCCCACGCUUAGUAUACAAGGACCACAUUUGUAAUUAAACUCAUAUUCAUGUGUGAAACAUUAAAUGCAUGUAUAUGAAUGGAACUUGUAAGCGUAAUUUUCAAGGUAUCAGUUUCUUACAAUAAAGAAAUUACUGUAAUUAGACAAAUUAACACGGCGCUUGGAGCAUGGUGUAAGCAUAACUCUAAACUGAAUAUUUACUGCAGCUUGCAUUAGGACGGUAGCAGGGGAGUGGUUACUGGGUAGUACAGUCUCGUACUACUAAUGUGUCCGACUUCAAAGCAUGCAGUAAAUGUUAUCAUCAUCACGGUUAUCCGCUCAGUUCUAUUACUAGAGAGAUGUUGAUGCCCGCGGAUCUUCCCUUGGCAGAAUAAAUGGCGGAACCUCAUGCAUUCCGGAAUUCUGCAGAUUACCAUACGCAGCUUGCGUUAACAUAAUGCAUACUUAAGUAGAGAUCACAUGUUCCUAUCACAAAUGUGCUCUUUUCUGCGUCAUUACCUCUUAUUAAUGAAAUUAGGGCCG